AUGCGUUUCUUGACCACCCUCGUCACGCUCUGUGCGGCGGCACUGGCUGCUCCGUCCGAGACGGCAUCGCACCACCGGGAUCUCGUCGACCUCUACAGGGCCUACAGCCCCGGGGCGAGCGACCACUUCUACACGACCAACUUCCACGAGUACGAGACGGCCAUUCACCGGCUCGGUUACAAAGCCGAGGGAGUCGCCUGCCGCAUCUUUUCAUCGCAGGCCCACGACACCGUCGCCCUCUACCGCAUGUACUCGCCUUCCGCAACCGACCACUUCUACACCACGUCGCUGCCGGAGCGGGACAACGCCAUUCGCAACCUCGGGUACAACGACGAGGGCAUCGCCGGCUACAUCUACCCGCGGGCCCGGUCCCAGAGGGUGGUGCCGCUCUACCGCACCUACAGCCCGGGAGCGAGGGAUCACUUUUACACCAUCGACGGGGCGGAGAAGGCGAACGCGGUCCGAAGCCUGGGCUACAGCGACGAGGGCGUUGCCGGAUACGUCUUUGCCCCAUAG